UCGUUUCUCCUUGUGGUUGUGUGCCAACUACUGUGUAGGGGGCACAGGUGGUGCAAUCAGCCACUCAUCUCGGUCAUCUCAGUCAGUCGACACGUGGCACCUACUGGGUCUGCCCCGUGACCUCCUUCACGUGGCUUCAAGUGUUGAUCAAGGCCAUCCAACAACAAUGGCAGACUUCCAGGAGGUGGUGUCGCGGGCCCGGCAAGCGUUCCGAAUGGGUCGCAGCCGCGACAUAGCAUUCCGCGAGGAGCAGCUUCGGGCUCUCAACCAGCUCAUGGAGGAGAACGAGAAGGAGCUGUGUCAGAGUUUGUACAAGGACCUGCACAAGUGCAAGUUUGAAGUGAUUUUGCAUGAGUUGAUGCCCGCCAAGAACGACAUGGCGUUGAUUGCGAGCCAUCUGCGCGAGUGGGCGAAGCCACAACCGGUGUCACGCUCCCUGAUUACCCUGGCCGACACUGUGUACAUUGAGCCUCAGCCCCUGGGCGUGUGCCUCAUCAUGGGGGCCUGGAACUACCCAGGUGGACUUGUGUUUCAACCUCUCGCCGGAGCCAUCGCUGCAGGAAAUGCAGCCGUGAUAAAGCCGUCUGAGCUGUCUGAGAACACGGCCAAGCUGUUGGCGGAGCUGUUUCCUCGCUACCUGGACAAGGACAUGUACCAGGUGGUGUUGGGCGGGCCCGCCGAGACGACGGAGCUCCUGAAGCAGCGCUUCGACCACAUCUUCUACACGGGCGGCCCGGCGGUGGCGCGCAUCGUGAUGGCGGCAGCCGUCCCGCACCUCACCCCUGUCCUGCUGGAGCUCGGCGGCAAGAGCCCCUGCUUCGUGCACCGCGACUCCAACCUCCAACUGGCCGCACGCCGCAUCACAUGGGGCCGAUUCAUCAAUUCUGGACAGACGUGCAUUGCGCCCGAUUACGUGCUGUGUGAACCGUCGGUGCAGGAACCCCUUGUGGAAGCCAUUCGUGUCACUCUCAAGGAAUACUACGGAGAGGACCCCAAAAAGUCACUGGACUAUGGACGUAUCGUGAACAAGAGGCACUUUGACCGAGUGAAGGGCCUUAUGGCCGGAGCAAAGGUCGCUAUCGGAGGAGAGACUGACGAGGCCGAAUUGUACAUCGCCCCAACAGUGCUCACGGGUGUGGAUGCGUCCUCGGCGGCGAUGCAGGAGGAAAUCUUCGGCCCCAUCCUGCCCAUCAUGACCGUGAAUGGCGUCGAUGAUGCCAUCACCUUCAUCAACAAUCGCGAGAAGCCGCUAGCGAUCUACGUGUUCGCACUCGACAAGAAGGUGGUGAAACGUCUGGUGGAUGAGACCAGCAGUGGAGGUUUCACAUCCAAUGACACCCUGUUCAACUACGCAGUCGAGGGCAUGCCCUUCGGUGGCGUGGGCAACAGCGGAAUGGGCUCCUACCACGGCAGGCACAGUUUCAACAGCUUCUCGCACAUGCGCGCCGUUGGCCUGAGGGGCCAGUCAAUGGAGAGCGCCAACACCAUUCGUUACCCGCCGUACAGCGACAAGAAGCUCUCCUGGUGCCAGUGGGCAAUAGGCAAGAAGAUGAGCAAGGGCGGCAGAGGAGGCCGGGGCACCAUUCUGAGCAUCGCCUUGCUGGGCUUGGCACUGGUCGGAGCCUUCGCCGCUCUUCUGACUAAGUUUGUGUUGGACCAGUGAAUUACACCCGAUAGCUGCAGCCGAGCUCAAGCAACAAAUCGUGCUCGGCAGUAACUCACACCUCUGACUCAUUUGUUGCCCAAGGUAAUUCAAAUAUUUUACAUUUUCACGGUGGCUACCAUGCCAUAAUUGGUGGUACAUGCCGAGUAGAAACAAUAGUUUUUGGUGAUUUACAUAAAACAAACUAAAAUAUUAUAGUUCUAAUUUGCUAUAUAUCUUGACACUGUUGUUUUGCUGUUAUUGCUGGACAAUCGUGUAGCGUCUUCUCAGCAGAUUAUGAGUGGACUUGCACAGACUUGAUGACAAGCACAGUUGUGGAUCUGUACCAGACCUGGGGUCAAUUACAAUAAUGUUAUAACAAAUGACAAUCACAAUGUUAUUGUAAUUUCAGCUACGAAUGCUGCUAUAAUGACAGUAAUUACAAUUGACCCCAGGUCUGUUGUAUAUAGCACCUGUGCUGUGGACCGCGUGUUUAUCAGUCGAGUGAUAGGUGAGGGCCUCCUCACGCCAUUCAGAUCGUGGGGUUUAUUUGACUAAACUUCACUAUGGUGUUCAUUGUGGGUUGGUGAAGUGGGGAAACACGUGUGGGAGUAUAGAAGUACAGUACCACAAUGGAUUAUCAUUUACUGCCCUCCAAUUCCCACAACUUUUUUCCCCACAGCAGACUAUAAAAACAUGUUCAUGCAAGGUGGUUGCCAAUUCAAGAACUGUCCAGGUUCCCACCUGCUUAACUUCCGAGAUCUGACGAGAUAGUGUGCAUUCUGGGUGAUUUGAUCAUGGACUCUCGCACAAGUAUAGACUCCAAUACAGCCGUUUCUCUUCCAUGUCAGGUGUUUGCCACAGACUAUUUUUGCGAAAUAAACUUUACUAAAUGGGGACCAUAAUUAAGCAUUAAUUCAUCCAUUCAGAUAGAUCCUUAUAAUUGUGGUGUAAAAAUUUACCCUUUUGAUCCGUACAUGUUUUCUGUACUGUAGUUUGUUCGUGUGACUGCCGCCAGAAUAGGCACGACACGCACCACAAUCUACAGCUGGGACAAAUAAUCCACUACUUUAACCGACUACUUUUUUCAUUGUUGGCCACUUGAGCCCUUUAAAAUGGCAGCCGCCCUAAUAUCCUGCCUGCGAAGGCUGGAAACCCCCUACAAGCCAUACCCAGCGUGACGAUGCCCAUAAUGUCACCAAACCCCACCCAUUAUAUCUUGUAUAGCAGAACGCGUGAGAACAGGGGCAAGCCUUUUUCAACUAUUUUUGUAUCGUAUUAUUAGUUGAGUAAUCGGGCUGACAAUAAGUUGAGUAAUCAAUUACUUCAAGAAUCAAAUUGCCUUAACUCUACCACAAUGUGACAAAUAUAUAUUGCGAUGUGAAUAGUAAUAAUUCAUUGAAUCGUAAGGAGGGCAAAUCCUUACAUGGCUAGUAUCUAUAAUCCUGCUCUAAACUAAGCAGGCUAUUUCAAUGUGAAUGCUACACUUUGGAGUAUAAUAUCUGCACUACAUAUAUUUGAUGUUCUUUCAGACUAAUCAAUGUUUUAUUCCACCACCGCUGUUCUUGUUGAGAAAUAUUGACGUAUGACUUAUGUUGGUCAGGGGCAGAACCUUGUCCCGCUGAGCCAUCCCUUCGGUCAAGUUGCCCAGGAUGUCAAGGACACAGGAGUCUUUUCGAUUUAAAGCUUUCGUGACUGCAGGGAUUCAUCUUCUUGGUUCUUUCGGUAAAGUCACGUAGAAGGGAAGUAAUAAAAUAAUAUUAUUUUAUUACUUCCCUUCUACGUGACUUUACCGAAAGAACCAAGAAGACACAGGAGUCUAUUCACGUUUUCAUGCCGAUCACUCUUCGGUUUCUCAUAUUGCCCACCCCGGCUGUGAUACAGGACGCUGAACAUGAGAUAGAGCCAUGGCUGUAAAUAUUGACACUGCAAUGGGCACAAUGGAAGUAAUCUUUUUUGAUCGUACACGACAGCCUGUUAUGCUCGUAUGCAUGUCACGUCCGAGAUAGUACUCGUUUACUUCGCAGUAUGUAGCCUUUAUAAAAUACCGUUAAAAUUUUCAUUCGAAAGUUUAAUUCAGCUAUGCACUGCUGAUCACAGGUCCAAAUGCUCAAAACGCUCAGCUGCCAGCCGCAAACAGCACUGUUAAAGGUGUAGUGGAUAAGAGUUAAUUGACUUGAGAAAGAUUAGAAAAACUUUGGAGGAGAGAUAAUGGGAGGGAAUUCCAAAGUUGACCUGCGUGAGAAAAUCAGCAUGUUGAUUCAGAAUCAUGUGGUGAGUCCGGUACAUUUAGUAAUCUGUUGAUCAUUUUGUAAGGCUGCACGACCAGGACUGCUAAAUAAAGAAGCGUUAAAGCUAUUCUAUCAGCAUCGUCGGGGAUGAAUACUAUAUAAAGCACUUAAUGACUAAUUGGACUCUUUGCAAGGCCCAAUGCUCCAGAUUGUUCUGUAUUUUGGAAUAAACUAGCUAUGCAUUUGUUGUAAAAGACAUAAAUGUAAAAAAAGGAAUUUCUCUAUUGCCCACCCAGUUCGCAAGGGGAAAGUACACGCCAAUACAGUACAACGUCUGAUAUGCAGCUCACUGGUGACUGAGACAUUGGCGGGCAUGUGAAAAGGUCAGAUAUGUGAACAUCUAUAGAAUACAGAAUGACAGUUGCACCGUGCACAUACAAUACGCUGGGUCUGGGUGGUUUAAUUGGUCAAGGCGGAUAAGUAAUGGUCAUCGCCGGAAAUGGGAAGAAAUAAUUGGGGGAACUCAUAAAUGCCCUUACCACGCUAGACCAGGACCCCCCGCCCCCCCAUCAGGACUAUAGCCUCCCCCAAGAUCUGGAUCUACAAACUGAGCCUGAACGCAAGGGAGCGGAGGGCAGCGGACACCAGCAUUCAUGAAUACAUUAACUUUUAGUUCGCUUGUUUCAGCACAUUGAGUUUAUAACAAAGUAUAUUCGCAGACCUUUGCAUGUAGUUUUCCGUCAACGAAUCUUUUCGAAGAUCCGGAUCGUGCCGGACGGACAUUUGCGAAUUUUAUAUAGAAAUUAUAUAGGAUAUGUAGACUACCCGAUCACCGCACUUGACCCCCUGGUUCUUUCCUGAACGACAGUAGGGUUAGAAUAUUCACUCCCACCAUGGCGUUCAAGCUCAUUCUGGCCCAUUUUACACCCCUGGUAACGGUUGGAAAAGCAACGUUGUACUCGUGGUCACCCACUUCCCUGCAAUAACAGUAGCGCUGUUUACAAGUGACAUUAAGCAUUUGCACAUUGCACACACCUGAUGAUGAGCAGAAAAGGAAGUUUACAUCAUGGGGGGUGUUUGUAAGGAAUGUUGUUUCGACUCAUGUAGGUUUAUGUAUACAGUACUGCUAUUGCAUCGAGGCUACACAAUGCAAAUUUUGUCUUACAUGCUUCAUAAAUUCAACAGGAAGUGAAUUAAAAUGUGUAUACAGCACCAGGAUGUGCUGUUAAAAAUGUACACUGCGUGCCCAGUUGUCGUUUGUAAGAAGGCGCUAGGCUCCUGAAAGGAGUUUGUGUUGCUAAAUAAGACAGCUAACUAACCCGGUUGCUUUUCCUCUUUGUGUGCGUAAUGAUAUAUAUUUCUAACAACCACUCAACAUGUGUAUGUUGUUGAACUUCGUUCGGACAGUACGUAGCCGUGCUCGUCAGAGGUGCAGGGGAAGGACAAAAAAAAACGAAACAAACAUAGCAAUCUUGAGAAACGUGGCUUGUAAUUAAUGAAAAGUGUAAAGAAUAAUAGCAUUAAUUACAAUCCUGUGAAUGUAAGUACGUAUCAAAUAAAUAUGAAUUGCUCAUU